GUGACCAAUAUUCCAUCCUCGCCAUUUUGCAAUGUGAGUGAGAGUGAGGCUACUUUUUUAUGGCUAACAUAUAAAACAAAGCAUUUUAUAUACUGAGGACAAAGAGCGUCGAGCCUUGCUUUCCCAGUCAUGGAUGAGAGUAGCAGUGUACUUGUCCUCUCCUCCACUGCUUCCUCUUCCUCCUCUUCAGCAUCAGUUAUAGGAUCUCACCCUCAAACCCAGGCGGAGCAAGCUAUAACUCGGCAGAUCCCCACGAGUACUCAGCAGAAACAAGGGGACGACUCUCUCAUCCAGGUCAUCGAGAAGCUCAGCAGGAUAGUUGAGAAGCGGCCGCAGCGUCAGAAAAGGGGGCUCCACUUGGCUCCUUGCGUCGGGGGAAAGGGAGGAGAGCAGGGCCUGAGCAGUGAGGCCUGCACGAAGAAAAUAAAAAAGAACUGCAGCGAAGGGGUGAGAGCAGAUGGCGGCACGAAUGUCGGCGCUCUCGCGUCACCCGUCUCAGGUGAUGAUAACAACAACAGCAUCGCCUCCACAGUGACGGAGGGGGGUAGUAUUUUUAACAGCGCCGACGGCAAGCGCACUGUGACGUGCUACCAGUGCAGCCUGUGCCCCUAUCUGUCCCAGACGCUGCCCCAGCUGAAAGAACACCUGAAGCAGCACAACGAGCAGCACAGUGACCUCAUCCUCAUGUGCUCGGAGUGUCAUUUCACAUCCAGAGACCAGGCACAGCUGGAGGCGCACGUCAGGCUGCACUUCGACGAAGCAUUCAUGAAAAGAGAUUCUCCCCAUUUGGAUCCGUGCGCCGAGGGGCAGGGUGACAUUUUAAGAAGGCCGGAUCACUGUGGACAAGGAAGUGAGAUGCUCAGAGGGUCGACGGAUUGUUCUGUGGAGCUACCUCAAAAGAAAAAAUGGUACAGCUAUGAAGAAUACGGCUUGUAUCGCUGCUUGAUCUGUAGUUAUGUGUGCAGUCAGCAGCGAAUGCUCAAAACCCACGCCUGGAAGCACGCCGGGCUGGUUGACUGCUCUUAUCCCAUCUUUGAGGACGAGGAAGGUGGAUCCGCGAGAAGAGAGGUCCAAGCUGCCGUUAACAGCUUGGCACCAAGAGAAGAUUUAGUUGUUUUUUCCCCAGUUCUUCAGGACAAAAGCCUGCAAAAGCUCCCCACAGCCUUCAGACUUCAGCUCUGCAUGCCUUUGAGUGUUGAGAACAAACAGGAUGCUCUGAAUCCACCAGUAUCUAAACCCUGCGAGAGUCCCGAAUUCACCGAGGGAGAGGACGAAGAUGCCUAUCCCGUCAAAGACGUGGGCUCAGAGGAGCCCGUCGUGGAGGUUCAGGUGAUCACCGAGGCAGAUCCCGAGGUGGACAUCGAUAGGAAAAGAACUUCUAUCGCAGACAGCCUCCUGUCGUCAGCUCAGAAAAUCAUCAACAGCGGUCCCAACAGCGCCGGCCACAUCAACGUGAUUGUGGAACGCCUUCCCUCAGCCGAGGAUUCAGGUAUAACGACCAAGCCUCUCCUUCUCAACUCAGACGUCCACAGUGACAAUGUUUUACUAGACGAAAAGGAAGAAAAGCAUGACCACAUGGCAAAUGUGAAGGAGGAGGUGAUACUUGAUUGUAGUCCAGAUGAAAUGGAAUGUCAACCCGCAGAAAGCAAUAUAAAAUACUCCAUUACUAAAACUACAGAGUCACCAAAGGAUGAAAACAUGCCUCCUGCUGGUCGCAAGAGGACACAUUCUGAGUCUCUCCGCUUGCACUCGCUGGCUGCUGAGGCUCUUGUGGCCAUGCCCAUGAGGACGCCGGAGCUUCCCGCCUCCGGUGUUAAGGUAAGUCUGAAAACGGAGCAGAGCCCACCAGUCGAUCAAAACCUGUUUGAGGUGACCAGAACCGGACAGAAGACCUCUGACAUCGGCACACCAGUCACCCUGUUUGACCUGGAGCUCGGCAGUGAGGGCAAAGAGAAGAGCUUUGGGCCGCUGAGCAUCGGGGACGGAGACGAGGAAAGCCCCGCCGCCAAGGCCGGCAUCAGCCUUUCGCUGCUCACCGUCAUCGAAAAACUCAGAGAGCGAUCGGACCAGAACGCCUCCGACGAAGACAUCUUGAAAGAGCUCCAGGACAACGCUCAGUUCCAGAACGGGUCCGUGGCUGGAGUGGUCGCGGGGAGCGGAGCGGAGACCUACGUGUGCAACAUCCCGGGAAUGGACGGUUUGGUGGGCUCCCCGGACGGGGGGCUGGUGGAUUACAUUCCCGGCAGCGAGAGGCCUUACCGGUGCCGUCUGUGCCGCUACAGCAGCGGCAAUAAGGGUUACAUUAAACAGCACCUGCGGGUGCACAAACAGAGGCAGCCAUAUCAAUGCCCAAUCUGUGAGCACAAAGCCUCAGACAGUAAAGACCUGGAAAACCACAUGAUCCACCACUGCAAGACCAGGAUGUACCAGUGCAAGCAGUGUCCCGAUGCCUUCCAUUACAAGCUGAGAAGUCAUGAAAGAGAGCACCUCAGCUUAAGCAGCGAUGACACGGCUCUCACGGCAGUCACUGAAACUGUGUCUGUCGCGGCAGAGGAAUCUGAUCGGGGAACGGAUGAAGAUUGUUGUGUGCAGAAGAUGUACAAAUGUGACACGUGCAACUACACCAGCUCUACAUACGUCGGGGUGAGGAACCACAGGCGGAUUCAUAACUCAGACAAACCGUAUCGCUGCUGUAGCUGUGAUUUCGCCACCACCAACAUGAACAGUUUAAAGAGCCACAUGAGGAGGCACCCCCAGGAGCAUCAGGCCGUGCAGCUGCUGGAGCAGUACAGGUGCUCUCUGUGCGGUUACGUCUGCAGUCAUCCCCCAUCCCUGAAAUCCCACAUGUGGAAGCACGCCGGAGACAAGAACUAUAACUACGAACAAGUAAACAAAGCCAUUAAUGAGGCCAUCUCCCAGAGCAGCCGAGCUCCUCAGAAGCUUUCUUCAGUUCUGGAGUCAGUGACCGAGUGCCCCAUGGUGACCCAAUGCUCAAAAGACAAAACAAAGGGUCAAGCAGAUUCCUCCACAAUGGCCGUUUCAGCAACAAAAGCUGCUCCGUCUAUCGACAGCACGGCGGGCCCCCCUACGCCUCCAACAGACCCUCCACGGAGUCCCAGCGAGUCGCUGAGUCUGCAGGCGAAGGAUCCUGCAAAGCCACAGAGCCACCCUCGACCCGGACAGCUCCCAGGUUCAAGCACGGAGUACUGCAUGCUGCUGUUCUGCUGCUGCAUCUGUGGCUUCGAGUCCACCAACAAAGAGCGACUCAUGGAGCACAUGAAGGAGCACGAGGGAGACAUCAUCAGCAUCAUCCUCAACAAGGAGCAGCAGCAAGCGGGAGCCCAAGCGAGCCUCCAAACAGCAGAGUGAGAGCACACACAAACAUUUCAUAUGAAGUCUCUUUACCUCUAGAAAGUGUGGAGUUGUAACCAAGUGUCUUUUUCUCUGAGUAUCCGAUCCUGAUACUUUGAACAAGCUUCAGGACAUCGAUGAAAUUAUUUUCUUUGCGAAAAGGAAUGGUUAUAAACAUUUUUAAACCCAUGUAAACCGUUAACGUUCAUCUUUAUGUUUUCACUCUCGGAAGCUUUGACCCAAGUUUUUUAUUUUUUAUUUUAUUUUAUGUUUUUCUUUCUUUCAUACCUCACAAAUCCACACAAUCCCUCACCAGGGACUUUUCCGUUUCAGUCAAUGUAAUAUUUACUACAAGGCAGCUGUUUUUUCAUUGCUACUGUAAUUAAUUAAUUAAAUCCAACAUGGCCGAUGAUCUAAGACGGUUAAAGAAGGUAGUUGAAACUCGUGCAGAAAGCAUGAAUCACAGCUUGAAUAUCAUUUGAUAUUAAUUACUUCUCGUGCAAGUCGGUUUUAAGAUUGCGUCUUCAUUAGAAAUGUUAUUUUAUCAAAGGGUUAUGAAGUAGCCUCUUUGAAGAGAAGUGUAUUCUCGAAAGAGGUAUAAUAGUUGACCACAACAAAGGAGAAGGUGGCCUUUGGUGACUGUUAUACACCAGUGACAGACGAAUGGGUUAAACCAUGUUGACAAAAAGAAUGACAAAAAGGGAUGUUAGCUUUGCUGGUGCUAUUAUUGUAAUUGAAAGGUGCCAUGGUAUUUUAAAUUUCAGUUGCGAUUGUGGGUUUUAAGCUUGUUUUUAAGAGUUGAUAGUUUAAAAUGUGUGUUUUUUAUCCUGUUCUUUUUGUGUUAAACAAAUAUAUCAGCGUUUUAAAGGAAUCUCUAGUCUCUCAAAAGCACUUUUUUUUUCUUUCACUGAGCAUAACAGAAAUAAGAGGACAUUGAAGUGAUAAUAACAUUUGGUUAGGGAGUUUUUGAGACCCCGAUGUGGCCCUCCUUCGUACUCUCUUUGACAUGUGAUUGAGUGGAAGCAGGAAAGUAAUGUUAUUACCGCAGACCUAAUAUGAAAACCACAGCACAGGGAAAUUAUGACAAAUGGAAACUUUCAUCAACAUAGGCUUUGUCUUGGUUGCGCUGUGUUGCCUCGUAGUGAGAAGAUAACAUUAUAAAUGGCACCAAAUGGCAAAAUAAUCGAAUCACUCCUGGCAGUACGGGGAAAAAAAACUUCAGCUAAACAGCGAAUGCUCGUGUUACACCCUCACAAAGUGAAAUCAACCAGUAGGAAGCAUGGUGUAAACCCCUCAGUGCCAACCCUCCCCCCCGCUAUAUCCCAUCUUUAUAUAGUCAGCAAAUGGAGCACAAAGCAUCCUUAUACAUCCUGAGGGGGCUAAAGUUACACCCAAUGUAAGUACUUUUCAGGUCCAUCCUUGCGUUGGCUGUUUAACUACUGAAGGUGCACAUUGCUCUCAGUCAUCGUCCGAAUUGUACCCAAUUUGUAUCAUAAACAUCCAGCUCCAUCUGCCAGAUGGAUUAGGGGGAAAAAAAAUGUUUUCAAUAUGUACUGGAGGUGAACUGUGCAAUCCCAGUUAAGAACCAAGAAAAAAAAAUGUUUGGCUCGGACAAAGCUUUACACAGCAACAGCUGAGAGAGGAGGAGGUUGCUGGGUAACACUAGUUUUCACCCAACCAAGACCUCUGGAUUGCCCGAUUAAGAUUUUUGACCCAAAAAGCCUGAGAAACUCCAGCAUUUCUCUGGUUCAACAAGGCUUCCCUGCCAAGUAGAAGGAAGACGGCAUUUUAUUUUGCCGUCCGUUCCACCUUAUCAGAUCCAAAAAGAUGACUGAAUUAUAAAUGAGGAACAGCAGCAGGCUAGCAGACUUUUUCUUAGCUCAGCUCAAUGUUGUUUCUUGUUUAGACACACCAAGCCCAUGUUAUGGAAUCACUUGAAGGAUACAGGCGUCAAUAACGGUUUAUAACGGCCAGUUCUGCCAUGUUCUUUCACAAAUAAGUCAGUCGUACCUCUGUUUCUACCUCCCUGACCACCUCAGAGGAAUGUAAGUGUUGGAUCAGCCUCGCCUACCUACACCAGCACUGGACUUUCACACAUUUAAAAGAAACCCAUUGCAACAACGUGUGCAUAACAGUAAAUACAGUAGAAUCAAAUCUUUUCUAUUAAAUCCUUUCUUUGCCAUUCAUUGCCAUUAGCUUAAGCUAGUAACAUUUUACUGACAGGUUAUUUCCAAAUAGGACUUUUACCAUAUAGGAGCAGAAUUUGAACAAUGUUCAUACUUUAAAGCUGAAAUAAUGUCUAUGUAUUAUUUGUUUUCUUUGGGGUUUUUUUUGCCACAACUGACAAAUUUCUGUUAUACGGUGACAUCUGUGUUCAACUGUGCCUCAGGCUGUCAAACCCUCUGCUUCCGAUUUCAAACUAAAUUUGACCAGUUGCAAAAUUCAGCCAGAAAUCAAAUAACAUUGAUCAUCUCCCCUCUCAAAACUAAUUAUAAAUGAUCUGAUCAUGUCCCAAAACAAACUAAAAAUCUAUAUGGCAAUAUUCACAUGUUCUAUGCUCAAUUUCCUGUCUGAACAAUUUCAAGAAUACCAACAUGCAAUGUUUUAGAAGUAGUUGACAUCAGACAAUCUAAACCCUGGCGAUCAUUAUUCACAAUUAGGGGUAAUUGGUGUAUUUGCUGGCUUUUACUUGUGGUUUGUCUGUCUAUCCUUAUUUUUCUUCACAGACAACUCCCCAGACAAAUACCACACAACAGUAUAAACUAAUCCUGGAAAAAAUCUUGUAAUUUGUUGUCAUAUAUUUUAGAGGCACAGAUAUACAGGCAUGUUUGUCAUUAGUUCCUACUGAUAUGGAUGUCCUUUGUUCUCUGCAGUUCAUUUUCAUGCAGUCAGCUUUAAUGUACACAGCCACAAUAUUCUUGUUUUGUGCCAUAUUUAUUUUAGAGGAAAAUUGUUCAAAUUAUUAUUUGAAACUAGAAUGUUCGCUUUUUAGUAGUUUUGGGGGGAUUCAAGCAACACACUAAGUUUGUGAAACAGCCCUUUAAUGUGUCAGUAAAUUUUGCUCACUUUUUUAUGUGUACAUAUAGAAUUGCAAAGCUGACUUUUCAUCAAAAGCUAUAUAUUUGUAAUGAUCUUGUUUAAAAAACGGAAAAACUAAAAAAAUAAACUCUCCUUUUCAAUUAGAUUUUUAUGCCCUUCUUAUGUACCGCUAACCUAUUUAAGGGAAAUCUGGGUUUAACGCUAAACUCAUCAAAAUGAGCUGAAUGCAUUUAAAGCUAAGGAGGUGUAGGAGAUAUAACAUGUUCUCUAUGAUUUGUGUAUUUUUAUUAUCUUAUCAAAUUUUGAAAUGUAGAGUCAACAUGGAUUUCUCUCACAAUGUAAUUUGACACUUGCUUUGUGUUUAUUUAUUUUUUCAACAUCAAAGGCAGUAUUACAUCACAAUGCCGUUGUAUUUUUUGGUAAUAAAAUUAUUAAGAAAUUA